GCACGUCGAAUCGAACUAAAAAGACUUGCAAAUAUUAGUUUGAAAUAUUAUUUAAAAAAUAUUACUUACAUCAAAAAGAAACCAGUGAGUAGCUUACCAACCAAAUUCUAGCGUGAAAUCUUUAUCUCGUUCCGGUAAACUCCAAACACAUGCUGCUUUUUCCGAUCCGAUCCUUACCGCGCCGUUUGUUUACUGCGAAUUAUUCGUCCACUUUGACAGUGAGAAACGUCAGCAGCAGCAGUCGACGACAUCAUCAUCAUCACCGUCCUACUCAAAUAGUCCAAAACAAACCCAUCCAAAAAUUCCUUUACGACUCCUCCCAAUCCCAUAAUCGGCAGUUGCUGCAGCAGAAGCGAGAAUUAAGUUCGUCGUCUACUUCAUUGAUUCGUCGUUUUUGUAAAUCUUUCAAAAUAGGUUCCAGAAUGAGUUCCUCAUCACCGGAAAAUCUGGAUAUGCUGGAUGCAUUGGCGUUCAGCUGCAGCAGACUCACCACCGACCUGUGGCAAGCGACCAAUUUAAACGAAAAACGUAAGUUGGUUGCUGAGUACUUGAAAACUGCUGACCGGGAUGGCAAAAGUAUCAAAGAUUUCCGGGAGGAUUUGGAUUGGUUUAACGUUACUGAACCCCUUUCGUUCGAAAAAUCUCUACGAGGAAAAAUAGUUGUGCUGGAUUUUUUUACCUACUGCUGCAUAAAUUGUAUGCACAUUCUUCCGGAUUUGAAACGUCUAGAGCAUCUCUACUCGAUUGAGGACGGACUGGUGGUGAUUGGAGUUCACAGCGCCAAGUUUGAAAACGAGCGCGACUCCGGAAAUAUUCGCAGCGCUGUUCAGAGGUAUGAAAUAACGCAUCCGGUGGUUAACGAUAAUGUUUCCUCAAUGUGGAGGAAUCUCCGCAUCCAGUGUUGGCCUACGUUGCUUAUUCUGGGGCCGCGAGCUAACCCGUUGUUCGUAGUGAUGGGUGAAGGACACUUUGACGAUCUUAAAUUGUACGUUAGCUCGGCGCUUAAAUUCUACAAUGACAAGGGAGCCAUAUCGAAACAUAUACUGUCGAUCAAUCUGACGAAUAACUUGACCGAGAGCAGUCAUUUACAAUUUCCUGGUAAAAUCAGCUGUUCUUAUCGGGGUUGUGAUAGCAACGAUAAUCCACUGUAUGCGAUUUCCGAUUCCGGAAACCAUCGGAUUCUGAUUGUCAACAGCGAGGGAACGGUCCUGCAUCGUGUGGGUGGUAAGAAACCAGGCUUUGUCGAUGGAGACUUUCGAAAAGCGAGAUUCAAUGCUCCUCAAGGUGUAGCAUUUCAAAGUGAUGAGAUUUUGUUCGUUGCUGAUAACGAAAAUCAUGCCAUAAGAAAAGUGGAUCUAAAGAAUCGCCUGGUUAGCACCGUCGUAGGCAAUGGAAAGCAAGGCAACGAUCGAAUCGGGGGCAAAUCUGGCCAUGAACAGGUUAUUUCUUCGCCCUGGGAUGUAGCGGUAUACCGCACGCGGGAUUUGGACAUGUCCUUUCAUUCGGACGAGUCAAAAGUUCCGCUAAAGGAUGUGGUCUUUGUGGCGAUGGCCGGAAUCCACCAGAUCUGGGCAUUGUUUUUGGAGGAUACGAUUUGGUGGAAGUUCAAAAAAUACUCUGCCAACAAUUGUAUGGCAAUCGCCGGGAACGGACGGGAGGAGAAUAGGAACAAUACAUAUCCGAACAAUGCUGCUUUCGCGCAACCCUCGGGUCUGGCGAUUAAUCGGGAAUCGAAGGAACUCUAUCUGGCGGACAGCGAGAGCUCGUCAGUUCGAAAAAUCUCCCUGAGCGACGGAAAGGUUAUGCCAGUAGCAGGAGGUGACCGUAAUCCUCUGGACCUCUUCUCCUUCGGUGACGUAGAUGGAAAGCAGUACGCCGCAAAGUUUCAGCACCCGCUCGGGGUCACGUACAAUGCUAAGGACAAUUGCAUUUACUUCACUGACACGUACAACCAUAAAAUUAAAAAAAUUAACGCAACAACGAACGUGGCAACGACUUGUCUGUUCACGGACGAGGACGGUUCUGUCAAACGAUUCAGUGAACCUGGCGGUUUGUGUGUGGAUCCUACCGGGCGCUACCUGUACAUCGCAGACACAAACAAUCAUCAGAUUUCGGUGGCCGAUCUGUCCGAUAUGAGCAUUCGUCCGCUGAAGAUUCGCUUCGACGGUACAGCAGCCCUGGAGGCUGAUCAAACUGACGUUCCUGGAGAGGUUCACAUCUACGAAGGUACCUUCAAGGUGCUUCCAGAUGGAGGCAAAGUACAGAUCAAACUGGAGUUCGGUUAUCUGGAAUCGAACAUAAAACUAACGGAAGGGGCGCCCCAGCGGUGGACUCUAGUGUUACCGUCGGACAAGUGGCGCUGUGACACGAUGAGCGGCACAAUUAGCUCGCUUAAUGACGGUCUUACGCUGUCGUUGGUCAUACCUAAGGGUAGCGAACAGCAAAAACCGGUCCAGGGCAAGGUUAACUUCAGGCUGAAUCUGUGCGCCAAUGAUAUUUGCUUUCCGAAGGAAUUUGCCGUGGGACUCAACUUUGUGCACGACGUUACCGGUGCUGCAUCCGUCAAAGCGGGCUUAAUGGUGCAGAUCGGGCGAAGGAGUGUAGUCGUCUCCAAAGAGUAAAGAGCUCUUCUCUCGCCUGACCGCUAUGCACCUAGUAAAUGCAUGCAUUAUUAUAUGAUUAAAUUCGCUUUAACUGUCACAGACUCACUAUAAUAUUUUUUAUAAAUUUUACAAGUUUGUAGGUGUUGCCUAUGUUAUUAUUGCUUUUGUUUUUGUAAUCGCUUA